AUAAGAUAAGCGACCAUAUGAAUUAAAUCUACAUGGUAGCUCACUACAGUACUAAAAUGAUUGUAUCGGUAUUAAUAAUAUCUGUUCUAGCUGUUACUAGUUAUGGGCAUGUAAUUACAAGUUGUCCACCAUAUGGAAGCAUAACUAUUCCACACCCAAGAAAUUUUGGAACAUUUUUACAAUGUGUGAAUGGUACCGCAUAUGAAGUGAAUUGCCCCGAUGGUUACUUAUUCAAUGCUAAUCAAAGAUUUUGCUAUGAUCCAAAAGAUCUUGUAACCGCUGCAAAUUCAAAAACUAUCAAGGGUUACUAUAAGUGCAACGAUGGGGAAGGAUGUUCGCCACAAUUACCUUGCCCUAAUUAUCCACAUUGCUCGUCAUAUCCCGAUUAUUCAUAUUGUCCCGGAUAUCCUGGAUAUCCUGGUUAUGGUCAUCCAGUUGGGGAAUGCCCAAUUUGCAACGAUAUGUGCGAAGUUCAUAUGUUACCAGAUGAAACAGAUUGUUCGGUUUUCUACAUGUGCGAUUGGGGUUGUCCGAUUUGGCAACGUUGUCCUAGAGGAUUGCAUUUUAACACUUACUUAAAAGUAUGUGAUUAUCCUUGGAGAGCUGGAUGUAGCAACAGCGGCAGUACAUCUUGCCAAUAAUAUAAUUACUAAAACCUCUAUUUUCCAAUGAUUUGUUAAUCAGUUCUCGAGCUUUUAUAUAAUUCAAUAAAUUAUUGUGUUUCUUCUA